GUUCGAGCUGUUUUGGUUCAUUCCCUACAUAUGAAGGUUUAUGUGCAUCAAUUUGUUCAAUUUUCUUCAAAAUAUCUGGUGGGUAGUUGGUGGUGGGGGUAGUGUCAACAGUUUCUUCAAUAUACUUGAUAUUCAGAAUUUCGGGGGUUUUGAAAGGGUAAAGUAGAGGUAUUAUGGUGUUUUUGGGUGAAAGGCAAGUGAUAGAAGUUUUGACUCAGCUCUUUGGGUGGUUAGUUUUGGGGAAUUUCCUGCUGAUUAGUUGGGGUUAGUGAUAUUAUUUGGUCUGUUUUUGUGGCUCCUGAUUUGGGGUUAGGAUUUACCAUUGAAUCUGAGAAAUGAGGCUCUCUUCUGCUGGUUUUAAUCAGCAAUCGCCUGAAGGGGAAAGGAGAUGUCUCAAUUCUGAACUUUGGCAUGCAUGUGCGGGUCCUCUUGUUUCUCUGCCCGGUGUUGGAAGCCGUGUGGUAUAUUUUCCUCAGGGUCAUAGCGAGCAGGUUGCUGCAUCAACCAACAAGGAAGUGGAUGCUCACAUCCCCAACUACCCAAGCUUACCUCCCCAACUUAUCUGCCAGCUUCACAAUUUGACCAUGCAUGCUGAUGUGGAGACAGAUGAGGUCUACGCUCAAAUGACCUUGCAACCGCUGAGCCCUCAAGAGCAAAAAGAGGCCUUCCUUCCCGCAGAUUUGGGUGCACCCAACAAACAGCCGACAAAUUACUUUUGUAAAACACUGACAGCAAGUGACACAAGUACUCAUGGUGGAUUUUCCGUUCCUCGCCGUUCAGCUGAAAAAGUGUUUCCUCCGCUGGACUUCUCCCAGCAACCUCCAGCCCAAGAAUUGAUUGCAAGGGAUUUGCAUGAUAAUGAAUGGAAAUUCAGACACAUAUUUCGUGGCCAGCCCAAGAGACAUCUUCUUACAACAGGUUGGAGUGUGUUUGUUAGUGCAAAAAGACUUGUUGCUGGUGAUUCGGUCCUUUUCAUAUGGAAUGAGAAAAAUCAAUUGCUUCUUGGUAUACGACGUGCCCAUCGUCCACAGACUGUUAUGCCUUCUUCAGUUUUAUCUAGUGAUAGCAUGCACUUGGGACUUCUUGCUGCUGCUGCUCAUGCGGCUGCGACUAACAGCCGUUUCACCAUAUUUUAUAAUCCUAGGGCUAGUCCGUCAGAAUUCGUCAUACCUCUGGCCAAGUAUGUUAAAGCGGUCUAUCACACACGAGUUUCGGUUGGUAUGCGCUUUCGGAUGCUGUUUGAAACUGAAGAAUCAAGUAUCCGUCGCUAUAUGGGAACCAUAACUGGCAUAAGUGACUUGGAUCCUGUUCGGUGGUCAAACUCGCAUUGGCGUUCAGUGAAGGUUGGCUGGGAUGAGUCUACAGCUGGGGAGAGGCAGCCUAGAGUGUCCCUAUGGGAGAUUGAACCUUUGACCACAUUCCCCAUGUUCCCAUCCCCGUUUCCUUUGAGACUCAAGCGACCAUGGCCUCCAGGAUUACCCUCUUUCAAUGGGAUUAAGGAUGAUGAUCUAGGAAUGACUUCUCCACUUAUGUGGCUUCGUGGAGAUGCUGUAGACCGUGGAAUCCAAUCCCUCAAUUUUCAAGGAAUCGGGGUCACACCCUGGAUGCAGCCGAGACUUGAUGCCUCCAUGAUUGGUAUGCAACCUGACAUUUACCAAGCUAUGGCUGCUGCGGCUGCUCUUCAGGAGAUGAGAGCUGUGGAUGCUUCCAAACAGGCACUUCCAUCGCUUAUGCAAUUCCAGCAACCACAAAGUGGCAGGCUUGCGGCUCUAGUUCAGCCUCAGAUCUUGCAGCAAUCUCAGUCUCAACCAACUUUUCUUCAAAGCAUUCCAGAAAACCAGGCUCAGGCUCAGGCUCAGGCUCUGCAACAUCCAUUGCAGCAUCAGAACUCAUUCAAUCAGCAGCAGCAGCAGCUGUCACGACUACAACAGCAGCAACAGCAUCUGGUUGAUAAUCAGCAGGUCUCAAGUGUUGUACCUGCCUUGUCUCAAUAUGCUUCAAGCUCUCAAGCCCAGUCACCUUCACUGCAAACCAUCUGUUCCAUGCAACAGCAGAGCUUUUCUGACUCUAAUGGGAAUCUGGCAACCAAUCCUAUUGCUUUUCCUCUGCCUGGUCUUUUACAUUCAUUCCCCCAUGAUGAAACAUCUCAGCUUCUCAACUUGCCUAGAUCCAGUCCCUUAGUAUCAUCUGGUGGCUGCCCAACAAAGAGGGUCGCAGUUGAUCCUCUUCUUUCUUCUGGAGGAACACAAUGUAUGCUGCCCCAGGUGGAACAGUUAGGACCACCACAUACAAACAUUUCGCAGAAUACUAUUUCAUUGCCACCAUUUCCGGGAAGGGAGUGCCCCAUUGAUCAAGAAGGGAGCAAUGAUCCCCAAAGCCACCUAUUGUUUGGGGUUAAUAUAGAUUCCUCGUCACUUCUCAUGCAGAAUGGGAUGUCGGGCCUUAGGGGAAUUGGUAGUGAUAGUGAUUCUACCACUAUACCAUUUGCUUCUUCCAAUUUUAUAAAUUCUGCAGGCACUGAUUUUUCACUUAAUCCAGCAAUGACGCCGUCCAGUUGUAUUGUUGAAUCAGGUUUUCUGCAGUCCCCUGAAAACGUGGGGCAAGCAAACCCACCAACCCGGACCUUUGUUAAGGUUCACAAAUCAGGGUCCUUUGGAAGGUCAUUAGAUAUCACCAAAUUCAGCAGCUACAAUGAGCUACGCAGUGAGCUUGCUCAAAUGUUCUGCCUUGAAGGCCAACUGGAGGACCCUCUGAGAUCAGGCUGGCAGCUUGUAUUUGUCGACCGGGAGAAUGAUGUUCUUCUCCUUGGUGAUGACCCCUGGCCGGAGUUUGUAAAUAGCGUCUGGUGUAUCAAAAUACUCUCACCGCAAGAGGUGCAGCAGAUGGGCAAAGAGCUUCUAAACUCAGUCCCAGUUCCGAGGCUUCCAAAUAACAGUUGCGAUGACUAUGCGAGCCGACAAGAAUCAAGAAAUUUGAGCUCUGGGAUCACAUCUGUGGGGUCUCUUGAUUACUGAAACAAUUUAACCAGUUAAGCUACCUUUCUCUCUAUUGUAAUAUUAAUAUUUCUUCCAAUACCUAUAUGGUGGGAAGAAAUGCAUGAUUUUAGCUUGAAGCUUACUUGAAAUCUGAUACUGUAAUUAUGCUAUAUCUUCCUCUUUCUGUGUUAUAAAUUCCAAGCCGUAUUUUGUAGGAUAUUACUGUUUCCUGUAGAUGGCAGUUUUUACUUUCUUGCAAUAUAUUUAUGACAAGCUGAAGUUUAUUCGGACUUUGACAUGACCCUAACUGAUGCAGUUGGCUUGUUAAUUUUAAGUUAAUAAUGCUCGCUUUUUGGAUUUCAAUACCAUGAAUGUUCUUUAGGGGAGAUUUGACAAACUACUAUCUUCCCUGCUCCAAUGGGUUCUUGAUUUUGGGAACAGGUCACACUGCAACAGCUCUAGUUCCUAUGUACUAUGUACUAUAGGUGCAUAUAAUCUUUACUUUACCAU